AUGUCAUGCAUUGUUCAGAUCUGUUCGAGUGCAUUUAUCACUACAACAUGGACAACACUACUUUAUGGAUAUGGACCCUCUGCAAACAAUCACCUGCAGCGUGAUCGACCUCUUCUCAGCAGUUUUUUGCCAACAGCCUUCAAUACUGAUUGGUUAUUGGAGUACGGUGACGAGUCUGACGGUUAUCUCAUUCGAAGUGUACCUCGUGCAUUUACUAAUACUACAUGUAAUUGUAUGAUUUCAGGAAAAUGUCAAGAAGCACUACGAAUCGGUCCACCAGGCAUCUUUUUACCCGGUCUUGUUGUUGGUUGUUUACCUUUCGAUGGACUACGCAUGUCCACACUUGAAUGCUUGUUGUCAUCGAUUUGUAUCUCCACCAUCCUCACUUAUCUUGAAUACUACACACAAAUAGAUGGAUCACCACCGAUCAAGUUCAUACCACCCACAGUAUUGCCCUGGACUAUAUCUCCAUUAGACGACUCAAUCCCUUCGCGUUUUUCAAAGAAUACUUCAAUUGGUACGCUCAUUGACGAAUUCUUUAUCGAGGAGUGGACAAAUACAAGUUCAUACGAAGAUUAUUUUGCUGCAUGUGCACCAACUCAUUGCAAUUUUGAAUAUGUUACACGCAAUAAUCUCUUGUACGUGCCUACAUCAGUACUUGGUCUCUAUGGUGGUCUUACGAUUGGCUUACGAUUCAUCAUCUGGAAUAUGACAAGAAUUUAUCAAUUGAUGAAAAGGCGUAUUCAAUCUCGUCGAGUUGCUGCACAAUUAUGA